GAAGGGCUUUAUAAAUACAUCUGAUUGAUUUGUGUGUGUGAAGCCAUCUUGUUCAGUGAGUGCAUAGUGUCUGGCUGUGUACUGGAAGGGCCUCAGUCCAGGGACACUUUCAACAGCUUUGUUGGCCAUGAACGCUGCCUGCUCCGGAGCUCCUGGUGCCAAAACAGCUGGAACAAAACGGACUGUCAGCGAUAGGCCAAAUUAAUGGGAACCCUAGCCAGAUUUAGGAUAUUUCCUGAUUAACUACAGGGUAGGGAACUCCGUCUAUUAAGGCUGCAGUGUGAGCUUUGUUCAGCUUGCGUAAUCUGAUUGAGAGCGCCACUGAACCAACUUUGUCUAGGUUACUUUUUUCUGCUCUUGAUAAGAAGAAAAAAUAUCUGCCUUAUUUGUCGGUAUUAGAUAGUGCCUAAAGAAGCAUUUUCCACUCCAGACCCCUGCCCUGGCCCCUAGUUGUUGCUGACCUGAGGCGGUGUCUGGGCCCAGGGCUUUGAGAGAGCCGAGUUCUGUGAUAGCUGCCUGUAUGUCAGGGAGGAAACUGAAGGCCUUUCUGUAGCAGUUCUCCAUAUCUCCUCACUGUUAGUGGCCACCAGCUGCUGCAGCCACGGGUGGAACUUCCCCCUCUGCAGGGGAUAAAGUGCCAAGACAGUUCACAACCAGUGAAAUGCAGGGAGUUUAAAGAGAUUCCUCUGCUCAUGGAAAGUAAAUAAAGCACAGCUUUAUUUAUCUUAGUAGGAGAUGUUUUCAUUUCACAUUAUUACCUUGAAUUUCAGAAACAUGCACCACUUACUAUUGAGUCAAUAAGGCUCUGCAUCUGUCUGCACUUCAGUGAGAAUCCACUCCAUCAGUUUCACCAGCUCUAGUUGGGUGAUAUUUGUAAGGACACACAGCGAUGGCUGCAUGCAGCUCCUCUUGAUACUUGGCUGGAGACAAGUCUCAGACUCAAUAUCCCAUGUUAACUUACAUCAAUCAAAAAGCAUGGAAAAUAGUGCUCCAUUCAUUGCUGUACAGGGUUAAUGGUGGGCAGAAACUACCUCAGACCUGAGACAGCACACACAAGGGAAUGUUGUUAUUACCCAAAACUCCUGGGGGGGUGCUUUUUCCCCUGACACACACUGCGAGGACUGUCGCUAUCUAAACCUUCAUGCACUGGAGAACAGAAACCAUAGUUGACAAGCCUCAUUCUCAGUUCAGUACUCUCUGUAUUGAUAUUCAUUUUGGCCAAAAAUAGCAUAUUCAAUGGAUGCCCAUGAGCUGAAACUGUAUUGAAGAACACGAAAAAUGUAUUCAGCUGCAACUUCAAAGACAGUCAUGAUGCCGGAAUAGUAAACGUUAAACAAACACUUACCAUGUGUGGCUGCAACCUGGUCUCAGAGCAUUUCGUAUUAUUCUGUAUGUAAAUCCGAGACACCCCAUUUAGUAUGAUAUGUUGCAUUCGCAUCAUUCGCCCACCCACCCUACUUUCUUUAAGUAACCAUCUGUCUUAUGUAUGGAGGAGAGAUUUGGAAAUCGUGGCGAGUAGUGCUGGCGAAUUGGAGGAAAUUGAGAAAAAGUUGGUGAAGCAACAGCUGUGCUGGAAUGCAACCAAUAUUGGUGUCAGUUCGCAUAGUAUGGAGUGGGAGGAUGAGGGUCAAGGACCGUAAUGGUCAGUAGUUGAAAGACAUAGGAAGAAGAGAGAUCGUGAUACAGUAAGCAGUGGAGCAUCUAGUAAGGAAAGCACAAAGACAGCCAAGGUAGGAAGCAAGAGUAAUGAUGUGUUAGGGUGGAAAGUGGUGAUAGUGUUUGAUGAGACCACAGGGCGUCAUUUACACCCUAUCUGACUAACUAUUGCCAUAGAGAAAUAGGUAGGUGAAGUCAAAUUAGUUUGGUUCAUUGGAAAUCGUAAAUUGUUAAUAUGUUGUGGUAGCAAGGCUCAGCAAGAGAAGAUUCUGAAAAUGGAAAAGCUUAAUGGGAAGAAAUUAAAGGUUGAUCAGUAGGAAAGAAGGUCAAAGAAGUGAAAGCCUAUCAGUGCUGCUGAGGUUUGAGAAGGUUAUACCUGGAAACGUACAGAGAGGAUUCCUUAGUUUCAAUGUCAGAGAAUUUGUCCCAUCUGUAGUGCGGUGUUUUAAAUGCCAAAGAAUGGGACAUGUAGCUGUUCAAUGUAAAGGAAAGAAAAGCGUGUGGUGGGGAACAUGAUUGCGGUGAAUGUGGGAGCAAAGUGAAGGUUAAGUGUUGUAAUUGUGUGGGGGAACAUUAUGAGUCAUUUGGUGGAUGCAAGGUGCAGAGAGAGGCUCAGAGAUAUAUAAUUAGCCAUGCUGUAUCAUAUGUAGAGCCUGUAAGACAGAUUGGUGGAACUACAGUGUGGAAUGAUGGAGCUUCCACGGCUACUCCUGUACUAAGUGGACCUAAUGUCGGUGCUGGGUCAUUCCUAGUAAGCGGUGCCUUUUCUGUCCCCAGGAAAUAUCAGCUCUUAUUUAGUGUAAAAUGUGGAUUCCAAAAGUUUUUACAUAUAAUGACAGGUGUUUAAAAACACCAAAUAUGGAUCCUGAAAGGGAAUUUUAUGCAUUUAAACACUUUUUCAGUGGAUGUAGAUGUUUUUGCCAUGUCCCCAGGUGUUAUUUAUUUAUUUUAUUUUAUUCCACCUUUAUUUAACCAGGUAGGCCAGUUGAGAACAAGUUCUCAUUUACAACUGCGACCUGGCCAAGAUAGAGCAAAGCAGUGCGACACAAACAACACAGAGUUACACAUGGAAUCAACAAACGUACAGUCAAUAACACAAUAGAAAAGUCUAUAUACAGUGUGUGCAAAUGUAGUAAGAUUAGGGAGCAGCAUGUAGACUUCGGUGUAAGCCUUAAAAUAAUAAAAUGUUUAAAAUGUUUCUUCAUUAUUUUAUAGUGCUAGUUCAAGUAUCUUUCACCAAUAACAUUUUUUUUCAUGAUUAUUGUGUUUAUUUUAUUUAAGAUUUUCUGUUUGUUCCUGAUACCACUUUCCACCCUGUUAGUUUGUUGUAAUUCUCCAUUGAAGAAAACAACCACUUCCUACAAUGAUACCAUACUCAGGAAGUGCCAUCAUUUCUUUGAUGGGAAAACAAUGGUGCGAAGCUAAAUAAAUAUAAACACUAAGUUGUAUCUAUUUGUCAUGUUUAAUGUUGUUUGUCUGUAUGUCCCACUCAUACAUUUCCUCCCUGCUAUUCUAAAUUAUAGAGAAAGACGUAAAAAUAAAAACAUGUAAAUAUGUUUGAUUGCGAAGUUAAAUCCGGUUCAAGUGUUCACCACUAUGCUAGCUCAAUCUGGCUCACUCACAGAGCUAUGGCUAAUUUAUUGAUUGAUCUUACAUUCCAGCACAGUACGUGGCGGCAUGCACUUAAACGAUUGUUUGCGGACCGCCAUGAUAUCGAAGAAGAAUAAAAAUGAAAACGUGAUGAUGAGUGAAUUCCUUUUAGAGCAUGUACUUCCGUUUUGUAAUGCUUGUUUUUGUUAAAUUCAUGUGAAUGACACUUACAACUUCCGGUUCUCCAGUGCCGUGAAUUAUUUGUUGUUGUUUAGAAGCAAGCACCUUAGUGUGUCAUUCUUUGCUGUGGUCCAACCUCAACCAGGGCCCCUCUGUUAUAAUCACACAGGCCUCUGGAGAGCUGGGAGCAUUAAGCAGUCUGCCAUGCACCUCUGGAAAAUGGAGGUGAAUAUUCUCUUAAGCCAUUUUAUGGAAGACUAUUGGGUUGUAGGUAACCUCUGACAGGACUGUAUGAGGAGGCCUCCGUGUUUCUUAGAAGCAGAGAAGACCACCGCUGCUAUUUGAAGCCAUGGAGAAGAUGUCUCGGGUCACUACGGCCCUAGGCAGCAGCGCCAUCAGCGGGCGCACCAUGUUCUGCCACCUGGACGCGCCUGCCAACGCCAUCAGUGUGUGCCGCGAUGCCACACAGGUGGUGGUGGCUGGCCGCAAUAUCUUCAAGAUCUACGGCCUGGAGGAGGAGCAGUUUGUGGAGAAGCUCAACCUGCGCGUGGGCCGCAAGCCCUCGCUCAACUUCAGCUGCGCCGACGUCAUGUGGCACCAGAUGGAGGAGAACCUGCUGGCCACGGCUGCCACCAACGGGGCUGUAGUCACCUGGAACCUGGGCAAACCGUCGCGCAACAAGCAGGACCAGCUGUUCACCGAGCACAAGCGCACAGUCAAUAAGGUGUGCUUCCACCCCACCGAAGUCUACAUGCUGCUUAGUGGCUCCCAGGACGGCUACAUGAAGUGCUUCGACCUGCGCAAGAAAGAGUCUGUCAGCACCUUCUCAGGUCAGUCAGAGAGUGUAAGAGAUGUUCAGUUCAGCAUGAAGGAUUACUUUACUUUCGCUGCUUCCUUUGAGAAUGGUAAUGUCCAGCUGUGGGACAUACGGAGGCCAGACCGGUAUGAGAGGAUGUUCACAGCCCACACCGGACCUGUGUUUUGCUGUGACUGGCACCCCGAUGACAGGGGCUGGCUGGCCACUGGUGGCCGGGACAAGAUGGUGAAGGUGUGGGACAUGACCACCAACCGGGCCAAGGAGAUCUAUUGCGUCCAGACUAUCGCCUCGGUGGCCCGGGUCAAGUGGCGUCCUGAGAGGAAGUGGCACCUGGCCACCUGCUCCAUGAUGGUGGACCACAACAUCUAUGUGUGGGACAUCCGGAGGCCCUUCAUCCCCUUUGCCACCUUCGAGGAGCACAAGGACGUGACCACAGGUAUUGUGUGGCGCCACCAGCACGACCCCUACUUCCUAUUGUCAGGUUCCAAGGACAGCACGCUCUACCAGCACAUGUUCAAGGAUGCCAGCCGGCCCGUGGACCGGGCCAACCCUGAGGGACUGUGCUUCGGCCUGUUUGGCGACCUUGCCUUCGCUGCCAAGGAGAGCCUCAUCAGUGGCGACGCCAACAGGAAGCCGUACCCGGGUGGUGACCGCCGCUACCCCAUCUUCUUCUUCAAAAAGCCCGACCUGACGGAGCAGUUUGCUCACGUGUCCAGCGCCCUCAGCGUGUUUGAGUCGUCUUUGGAGAGCAAGCGCAUGGACUGGUUUGUCAAGACGGCACGCCUCUACCUCCUCAGCGGCAAAUCCUUUGCCGAGCUGUGUGACCACAAUGCCAAGGUGGCCAAGGAGCUCAACAGACCUCAGGUUUCCACUACAUGGACGAUGCUUCGGAUCAUGUUCUCAGACCCAGCGAACCUCUCAACGCCGGGUCCAAAUCACAUUGGCAAACUGGGCACCCUUCCUUUAAUGAACAGUUUCAGUAUGAAGGAGAUGGGCAUGGGGACGGAGAGCAGGCUGGACCGCAGUAAAGGAGAGAGCAGACAGGACAAUAUUCACCUAGAGCUUGGGAACUCGCUAAUCAACAGCAACAAUGACGAUAUUUGUCCCACUGCAGAAAAUGAAGAGACCGAGGGAAGUGAGGGCCAGGCGGAGUACAUGUUUGGUGAUGCUGAGCUGGACGACGAUGACCUCUACUCAAUGGAGCAUGACAACCAGGCCGCGGAGGAGCAGGAGUACACGCUCCCCCAGGAGGCCUUCCCACUGCGCCACGAGAUCAUGGACAACCCGUUGGCGCCGGAGCACCUGCAGCAGGACAAGGCCGACUCGCCGCAAGCCAGCGGCAACGAGGCAGAGGUCAUGUGCUUGACGCCCAUCGAGUCCUUCUCCCUGAUCUCAAUUUCCCAGCCACUGUUCAGCCCCCAUCUUCCUGCCCCCUUCUUCUGCCCUGUGGUCAGGGAGAUGCUGAGCCAUUAUGCCGAGCAGGGCGACGUGCAGAUGGCUGUCUCGGUGCUCAUUGUCCUGGGAGACCGCAUCCGCAAGGAGAUCGACGACCUCACUCAGGAGCACUGGUACAUGUCCUACAUUGACUUGCUGCAGCGCUUCGAGCUGUGGAACGUGUCCAACGAGGUCAUCAAGCUGAGCACUUGCAGCGCCAUCACCUGUCUGAACCAGACAUCCACCACUCUGCAUGUCAACUGCAGCAACUGCAAACGGCCCAUGAGCAACAGGGGCUGGAUCUGUGACAGAUGCCACCAGUGUGCCAGCGUUUGUGCUGUGUGCCACCACGUGGUGAAGGGGCUGUUUGUGUGGUGCCAGGGCUGCAGUCACGGCGGGCACUUGGAGCACGUGAAGAACUGGCUAAAGAGCAGUUCCCACUGCCCGGCCGGCUGCGGUCACCUGUGUGAGUACACCUGACCCUCCGCUCCACCCCUGCCCAGCUUGCUCUCUGUGUGAGGGGGAGCACCACACCUCAGUGCCUGGCUCACCAUGGCCUGGGUCUCACACUCCAGGCUGGCGUCUCCUGAGACUGGGGUCCACAAGGGUCUGGCCACGGUAGCAAGAUGGCUACUAUUGGAAGACAGGUGGGUAAGACUGGAGACCAAUCCACAGAACCAGUCUGAGAGGAGGACAUGUAUGUACCGUAUGGAGCACUGUUAAAAGUUUGGGCCCCUGCCCUACUCAGUGCUCACCUUAGCAAUGACCGAAACUUGAAGUUAAGUGAAAACAAUCAUUUGUGAAUAUAUAUAUAUAUAUAUAUAUAUAUAUGCUGAGAUGGCCUUUUAUUUUUCAUUUCUUAAAUGGCUUGCUCAGCUGGCCUUGUCUCUCACACACAGUUGGGCAGACCUCCAUGUUCAGCACAGUGUUUUCUAUGGCAAUAAAACAUUUAGACAGAAGUUCAGCUGUCUCUGUA